AUGGCUCCAAAAGCAGAAAAGAAACCCGCUACAAAAGCUCCAGCUGAGAAGAAACCCGCCGCUAAGAAGACUGCUUCUUCGUCUGAAGGUGGUAAAAAGAGAUCCAAGGCUAGAAAAGAGACUUACUCCUCGUAUAUCUACAAGGUUUUGAAGCAAACGCAUCCAGACACCGGUAUCUCCCAAAAGGCCAUGUCGAUUAUGAACUCGUUUGUCAACGACAUCUUUGAGAGAAUUGCUGGUGAAGCUUCGAAAUUGGCUGCUUACAACAAGAAGUCCACCAUCAGCGCUAGAGAGGUCCAGACUGCUGUUAGAUUGAUCUUGCCCGGUGAAUUGGCCAAGCACGCUGUUUCUGAAGGUACUAGAGCUGUCACCAAAUACUCGUCAGCCACCAACUAA